AUGACGCGCUCCCAGGAGACUUGGUUCGGCUCGGUGCUCGCCGUGGGCGCCCUCGUGGGCAGCCUGGUGAGCGGCUUCCUCAUUGAGCGCUUCGGACACGUGCGGCCCAUCCAGCUCUCGUCGCUGGGGUUCGUGGGCGGCUGCCUCUGCAUCGCGCUGUGCGACGCCAGCCUGCCGUGGAUGUUUGCGGGCCGCGUGCUCACGGGCUUCUGCUGUGGCCUCGUCUCGCUCGCGGUUCCCGUGUUUGUGACCGAGAUCAGCCCGCCCCACGUUCGCGGCCUCCUGGGCUCCGGCGUCCAGUUGGCCAUCACACUGGGCGUGCUGGCCGUGUUCGUGGGCGGCAAGUGGCUCGACUGGCUGUCGCUCGCACUGCUGUGUACCGUGUGCCCCGUGGUCAUGGCCGUCGCUAUGGCGUUCGCCGUCGAGUCCCCCCGUUGGCUUGUGGCCCACGGCCGACGGGACAAGGCGCUCGAAGCUCUGCGAUUUCUGUACGGCCCAAAGUUCUGCGCCGAGGCUGAGUGCCUGACCAUCGAGGCCAGCUUGCUACAUCAGCCGGCUACCUUCAGAGACCUGCUGCAGCGCAGCUUCUCGCUGCCGCUCGCCUACACGCUCCUGCUGAUGUUUUUCCAGCAGUUCUGCGGCAUCAAUGUUAUUACCUUCUACGCGGUCAAGAUAUUCGAGUCAUCCGGUUCGGAGAUCUCGGCCGCCGACUGCACGAUUAUGCUGGGCGUGGUACAAGUAAUCUCGUCGCUCGCAGCGUCGCUGCUCAUCGAUCGCGCAGGUCGCCGUAGCCUAAUGCUUGUCUCGUCUCUAGUUGUGACGGCCAGCCUGACGAUGUUGGGCUUUUUCUACUACUACAAGGACAUGGACAGUGGAGAAUUUCGCCAUCGGUAUCGGUACGUGCCGCUUGCGUCACUCACGGCGUAUAUUGCCGCCUUCUGCCUCGGCAUCGGCCCGGUACCCUGGGUCGUUAUGGGUGAGAUUCUAUCACCCAGAGCCCGCGGUCUCUCCACCGGCGUCAGCACCGCCUUCUGUUUCUUCUGCGAGUUCCUUAUCACCAAGGAGUUCCAUGACCUCGUCCGCCUGUUCAACUUUUCCGGUCUCUUCUGGAUGUUCGCUUUGGUCACUGUUGUGCAGCUUAUCUUCGUCUACACGUGCAUUCCAGAGACCAAAGGAAAGUCUCUCGAAGACAUCAGUCAGAUAUUCGAGAGCGUCCCCGAGUUCGGCUCCAGUGCCACUGAAUUGCAUCCAGUUCCGACUACGCCUUCUUUCGAGGGUGUCACGGGGUAGGGAAGGUGGCUGGUCCCUGUGUAUGCAGCUGGCACGUGGCAAGGUUGGGCUGGCAUGCACUCAUCCUAGCACUGAGGCUGCCUGGACCAGAAAGUCGUGGCCUAAUGACUGCAUCGAGCCAGAGACCUCCUUGCGACACGUGCGGAGUAUGUGGUCCUAGCAGGAUUGCACCAUGGCAUACAAUGCCGAAUUAAAUCUGUGCU